AUGGAAAAGUUCCUUCGGGAAUGGAGGCAGGAUGCCCUAAACAAAGCCCAAUACGACUCCGCCAUCUUUAUCGGCGACAAGUUGCUGGCCCUGACCAAUGACGAGAAGGACGCCUUUUGGUUGGCCCAAGUACACUUCGCAACUGGCAAUUACACCCGUGCGCAGACCUUUCUCGCCAAACAAGACCUUGUUUCCCGCAACGUCUCCUGUCGAUACCUAGCUGCACACUGCUUAGUCAAGCAAUCGAGGUUCGAGGAGGCAUUGUCUGUACUCGGCGACCGAAACCCAACCCAUCUCAUCUCAAAUGCGAGUAACAAGCGAAAGGCACAGAACACGGCCCCCUUGGGCAGGGCCAUAGGGGCUCAUGCGAAGGGCAGCUCCAGAGACAGACAGCUUCGCGAAGACGCAGAGGAAGAGGCCACAAACCGGAAAUAUGAAGCCGCCAUGUGCUAUCUCCGAGGCAUUUGUUACGCCAAGCAAAACGCCUUCGACCGGGCAAAGGAGUGCUACAAGGAUGCGGUCAAGAUAGACGUUCAGUGCUUUGAGGCCUUCCAGCAGCUCAUGAACAACUCUCUACUGUCUCCUGACGAGGAGUGGCAGUUCCUCGAGUCACUCGACUUCGAUUCCAUCAGCGUCUCUGGCGAUGUAUCUUCGUCACAGGAAGCCGCAGAAUUCACCAAGAUGCUCUACACAACACGGCUGUCCAAAUACAGAGAGCCUUCAGCGUUCACCGCGGCAUGCGACACGCUGUCGACACACUACCACCUGGCUGAUAACCCCGAUCUACUGCUCGCCAAAGCCGACCUGCUCUUCACACAAUGUCGUUACCGCGACGCUCUCGCCAUCACCGACUCCAUCCUGCAGGAUGACAAGUACAACUUCAGCAUCCACCCACUACACUUGGCUUGCUUAUACCAACUCAAGAUGAAGAAUGCAUUGUUUCUGAUUUCCCACGACCUCGCAGAUACCCACCCAGAAGAGCCUUGUUCCUGGCUGGCUGUGGGCAUAUACUAUUUUUCUAUUGACAAAAUCGCCGAAGCCAGGCGAUACUUCAGCAAAGCUAGCAUGAUGGACGCACAUUUUGGACCGGCAUGGAUUGGUUUUGCUCACACCUUUGCGGCCGAGGGAGAGCAUGAUCAGGCCAUCUCGGCAUACUCAACAGCUGCGAGGUUGUUCAUGGGUACUCAUCUCCCACAAGUCUUCCUCGGCAUGCAGAACCACGCUCUCAACAACAUGACACUAGCAGAAGAGUUCCUAAAGACGGCGUAUGGAUUAUGCAAGACGGAUCCACUGUUGCUCAACGAGAUGGGCAUCGUCAAAUACCACCAGGAUAAGCCGCAGGAGGCUGUCCAAUUCUUCAGAGCAGCCCUCAAGAUCGCAGCAGAAAUUGAUUCUGACCCUCAAGCAUGGCUGUCGCCGAGAACAAACUUAGCACAUGCAUAUCGCCGUUUGCGCCUUUGGAAAGAGGCCCACGUGGAAUUCGACGAGGUUCUACGCCAGGGAGGCAAGGACCCAGCCAUUUUCUGUGCGAAGGGCCUCAUCUACCUUGAAGAAGGCCGUCCUGAAAAGGCGGUCAUCCCAUUACACGAGGCGCUCGCCAUCAACCCGCAAGACGGCAUCGCUACGGAGCUACUUAGCAAGGCUCUAGAAGAAACGUCAAUCAUCGACGUGGCAGAUGGCGACGACCUAGAAGCUUUCGAAAACGAACUGGAUAUAGUGAAGGCUGCAGGUCGAGAUCGCCUAGCACAGCGAGCGGGCAGAAGACGCGAUGCGAAAGGAAAAGCAAAGGUCAGCAGAGCGAGGGCGAUGCUGAUGGACGACGAUGACGAAAAGGGCGAGAGCAUGAUGGAGAUGACUGAUGACGACUAA